CCUCAGCGCGCUGUGUCCCAUCAGGCGUGUCCUCUUCCAGUCACUGUGACUUCCGUGUUUUCUUAAAGGUUCCGGGGAGCACCUCGCGAUCACGUGACAGUUUCUGUCGUCGCGGUGGAAAACAGCGGCUGAGCUCAGAUGUUGUUGUUUUACUGAUAUGAGACAAUUCGUCCUGCUGAUCUGCGACAUGUUUCACUCUCAGAACAAAGGAUCAAAGCCGCUUCUGCUUUGAACUCCUCCAGCAGGUAUUUUCUUUCUGAUCUCCUCUUUCUGACGAAACCUCCUAAAAGCCACAGUGCAGAUCUCCUGGACACCAUGAUUCACUGACAUCAUUUUAAAGUAUUGUAGUGUUUAGCUGGGCCAGUCGACGGCCAUGCCGCGAUCAAAUGGCUUCUCCAUCAACGCAGCGUCUUCAGACGAGAGCGAGGACGUGGAGGACGUGGAGGACGUGGAGGACGUGGAGGACGUGGAGCCGCUCAUCGAGACAGACGCAGUUCCUCCUCAGUGCUGCUCCGCUCGGCUCAACCUCGCCGUGCUCAUGUUCUUCGGGUUCUCCGUGGUCUACGGCCUCCGCGUCAACCUCAGUGUGGCCAUGGUGGUGAUGGUGAACACCACCGAGCCCACGCCGGCCCCGAACACCUCCAUCGUGCACGCGUGUCCGAUGCCGGCUGGGAUGGAAAACGCCAGCGACACGUUCCCACAACCAGACGGGGUCCCUCAGUAUCCCUGGGACUCGGAGACUCAGGGCUGGCUCCUGGGGGCCUUCUUCUUCGGCUACCUGUGCACGCAGAUCCCGGGGGGUUACCUGGCCGGUCUCUACGGGGGGAAGUUCUUCAUGGGUUUGGGUGUGCUGGGCACGGCAGCCCUCACCCUCCUCACCCCCAUGGCCGCUCAGCUGGGUGUGACCUGGAUGUUUGCACUGCGAGCGCUGGAGGGCUUUGGCGAGGGUGUCACGUUCCCGGCCAUGAUGGCGAUGUGGGCUCGCUGGGCCCCCCCACUGGAGCGCUCUAGCCUGAUGACCAUGUCGGGAUCCGGAGCAAACUUCGGAGCCUUUGUGGCUCUGCCGCUCACGGGCUUGAUCUGCCAGACGCUGGGCUGGCCCGCUGUGUUCUACCUCUGUGGAGGAGCCGGCUGCCUUUGGGCCGUCUUCUGGUUUCUUCUGGUGUCAGACGAGCCUCACACACAUCCUCGAAUCAGCGAGGAGGAGAGAGAUUACAUCAUAAAGUCUAUUGGGCCUCAGGGCACAGGUCACGGCUGGUCCGUCCCCGUGCUGCCCAUGAUGCUGUCCGUCCCCCUGUGGGCCAUCAUCGUCACCCAGAUGUGUGCCAACUGGUCCUACUACACCCUGCUCACCUCCCUGCCCACUUACAUGAACAACAUCCUGCACUUUGACCUCAAAUCGAAUGCCUUCCUGUCCGCUCUGCCGUACCUCGGGGGCUGGCUGCUCUCCACGCUGUCGGGCUUCGUGGCUGACGGCCUCAUCGAGAGGCGGCUGCUCAGCGUCACCGCCGUGCGCAAACUCUUCACCAUCACAGGUCUGUUGUUUCCCGCAGCUUUCCUCGUGGCUGUGGCGUACGCCGGCUGCAGCCACGUCCUCACCGUCACCUUCCUCACCCUCUCCAUCACCACCGGUGGGGUCAGCGCCGCCGGAGUCUUCAUCAAUCAGAUAGACAUCGCCCCUCGGUACGCAGGGUUUCUUCUGGGAAUCACCAACACGUUCGGGACCAUCCCCGGUGUCGUGGCACCGAUAGCGACCGGGUACUUCACCAAACAUCACACGCUGGCCGGCUGGCAGACGGUGUUCUGGGUCGCGGCCGGGAUCAACGCCGGCGGCGCCAUCGUCUACGCGAUAUUCGGCAGCGGGAAGAUUCAGCAGUGGGCCGUCACGGAGGAGGAGAGGGCGGAGGAGGAGGGGAAGAGGAGCAGGUCCAUCUCAGCAUAGAAAAACACAAGUUCAAAUAAUCCAGCUCAUGUUUUUAUAUAUAGAGACAAAAUACAACCAACAGGAUGUAUUUGAACCCAGUUUUACUACAAACAGAGACGGUUCUACCUCUGAAAACUCAAUCACAGGAACAUGAUGCAGCAUUUACUCUCAGAAUGAAGACAGAUGUUAAAAAGAGUCGGCUGCAGAACAACUUUAAUAUUUAAACACGUCAAAGAGCGGGACGUCUCGAUGGACUCGUGUUUUACUACAGUGUCAGUGCAGCAUUUUUAUCUUUAACUUUCGUCUCUGGUUUUUAAAAGUUAAAAGAAAAAGACUUUAAGUUAACUAGCACAAAGACUUGUUGAAAUCAAAUGAACAGAUUUAGUAUUUGCAUUGACACUUUUCAACAGCUGCUGACAAAUAGUUUUUUAAUGGUACAGCUCUUAAAAUAUGACCGAUAUGAUAUUUACAUGACCACUUUUUGUCUAGUUUUCCUUGGACAGUGCAGAAAUUGGGACCAAGUGUUUUGUUAUGAGAUCACAUUUCUCAAGCUGCUUUGUUUCCGAAGCCUUUUCCACUAAGACACCAAAAAAACCUUAUGUUCUAUGAGACUUCCAAUGUUUCCCAAAUCAAACUUUCCAGGAGACUUUUCUUUUUAUUUAUUAUUUAGAGAAUCACUUUAGUUUUUAUGCUCAACUUCCAAAGCAAUGACUGGAUUCGUUCAGGUCACUUUUCCAUCAAGAUGCGGCCGUUAUUUGUUUUAAUUCUUUAAAUGCAAUUUUUAUUGUUUUUAUGCAACAGUCUUUGUUCCGAUCAUUUCUCUAAAGCUGCGAUUCAGCUUCACUGCCUCUGGUAAGUUCUGUGUGUCACACUGGGAAAUCUCAAAGGUCAAAUGUGAUGUGUACGGGUAAAUAACAACACUAGUGAUUUCAUAAAGUAUCUGAAGAUCCACUUCCAUGUUCAAAAACUUUGUCUUGUUAUUUUAUUGUUAGUUUUUAAAUGAACUGGAAUCAGAAUCAGCGUCAGGAGGAGCUACUGGUGUUAGAUCAUCUCUCGCUCACACACUCUCUAUCAAAGUGCACUGUGACUGUAAAGAUAUGAUGUUUCUGAGCAGAUGUAAUAAUUAAUUUAUCUUCUCAUUGCUUUGUUACAUGUGCAAUGUUUCCCAGACACACAGCGUUUUCAUGUUUUAGUUUCAUUUAUUGUGGAAAGAGUCUGUGGAGGCACAGAUCGUUGUAAUGCUCCAGUCGGUCAGCAGGAGGAGGAGGAGGAGAUGUGCACAUGAUGAUGUUCUGACUCUGAACCACUGGGGGUGACGUCACAUCUCUUCUUCUUCUUCUUCUUCUGCUGCUGUCAGGUUCUCGUCAGCUGCUUCUGUCUCAUUCAUGUGUCUCAUCAGGACGAUUAAUUAAACCAAAGUGAUCAGGACUCCUCUGUAAAACAUUCACAAGCAGCCACCCUGUGUUUAUAUGUUGUAACUUUUAUAUCUUCAUUUAACUCCGACAUCUGGUUCUUCUGUUAAUCUCAUAUCACGACAAAAUAAAUUACUACAUUACGUGUACAUUCCCUUUUAAAAGGAAAUCUUUCUGUCUGAGAUCCUGACACACGGUUUGUUCUCCGUCUGGUUCUCUGUUAACCUGCUGUUUGGGUUUAUUCAUGAGCCUGUUGUGGAUUUUGAUACAUAUCAAAUGGGAACAGUAAAAAAUAUGAAUGGAUGAAAUGUAAAAAAAAGAUUUAAGACCUUUUAAAAAGGAGAAAUACGCAAUAAGGAAGCAGAUUUCUUAUAUUUAAAUGAAAUUGUUUUUGUGAGUUUACAUCUAUGGACCUUGCUAUUAUUUAGCAAGAAUGAAAACAACACACAAUAAACGUUUUCAUAUCA